AUGGCCUCUCUAUCUCUGCCACCCACCCUCACCUUCCGCGCUGCUGCGUCGGCGUCCUCCUCCGCUGCGUCCGGCUCGUUCACCGUCCCUGGAAACCUCAAGAUCGUCGGCGUAAUCCUCGCCGUUACCAGUGGUCUCCUCAUUGGCUCCAGCUUUGUCUUCAAGAAGAAGGGGCUCAUACGCUCACAGAAGGGUCUCGUUGCGGGAGAGGGUGUUGGCUACCUCAAGUCGCCGCUAUGGUGGACCGGAAUGUCUAUGAUGAUCCUUGGCGAGAUAUGUAACUUUGUUGCCUAUGCGUUCGUCGAAGCCAUCGUCGUGACGCCGAUGGGCGCGCUGUCUGUCGUGAUAUGCGCGAUCCUGUCGCACUUUUUCCUCCAGGAAAAGCUCGGCUUUUUCGGUUGGCUUGGCUGCGGGCUGUGCAUCAUUGGCUCGGUCAUCAUUGCGCUCAAUGGUCCGCAGGAGGCGUCGGUCGGCCAGAUCACGCAGUUCCAGGCGAUGUUCCUCGCACCGGGCUUCCUUGCGUACGGCUCGGUGCUCAUCGCGGCGUCGCUCGUCAUCGUGUUCUAUUUUGCGCCAAAGUACGGCUCGAAGAGCAUGCUGUGGUAUAUCAUGGUGUGCAGCAUGAUUGGCGGGAUCAGCGUGAGCGUAACGACUGGGCUGGGGUCGGCGAUCGUAACGAGCGUGAUGGGGGAUAACCAGUUCAAGCACUGGUUCAUAUACUUCCUGAUGGCGUUCAUUGCCGUGACAUUGAUCACCGAGGUGUAUUACUUGAAUAAGGCGCUGGCGCUCUUCAAUACCGUCACCCCAACAUACUACGUGAUAUUCACGUUCUUCUCGAUGCUGACGACGAUCGUGCUCUUCCAAGGGCUCAAGGCGAGCGCGACGCAAAUCAUCACGCUCGUUAUGGGCUUCGUGGUGAUCUGCUUCGGCAUCACGAUCCUGCAGCUCUCCAAGGUGGACCCGACACAAAUACAAGUGCUGGACCGGCGGUCGACGAUCCUGCUGCAGGCGGCGAAGCGCGACACGGAGGGCAUGGACGAGAAGAGCCUCGUCGCCGUCGAAGACCCGGGCAUCGACGCGCUGCGCGGCGGCUUUGGCAUGGUCGGCAGCGUCAUCCGCGCGAGAAGCGCACACCGCAUGAGCAUGAGCAGCCGCGCGACGGGCAGCAUACAUUCGCGGUACAGCGUCGCGCCGCCCGGGUCCUCAGACCACCUCGCAGGCAUGAAGCGCCACCAGCUGUGGGACGCGCCCGUGCCGGGUACGCCGCUGGGCGUGCCCGACGUGGAGGCCGACGCGCACUCGCUCGCGAGCCGCCCGUCCGAUGUCGGCUCGCCGCGGCCGAGCACGCGGAAGCAGACGAUCAAGUUCGAUAGCCAGGACGUCGUGCACUCGUACCACCUCCCGGGUGCAGGCGACGGCACUGCGACACACGAGAUGCGCAGUGCGUCGCACUUCUCGAUGAGCCCGCCUCUGAAAGCGGUGAGUGGGCGUGUCUGGAGGGGGUCGGAAGAUGGUUGCUGA